CUCGCGCGAUUCUUCUGAGUUUCACCGGUCAAGUUCCCAGUUCUAGCCUUCCAACCCUCCGAGCCAAGUAAGCUUCCCCUCUUUCUUCUAUUUCUUUUCACGGUCAUGUCUUCCCCUGGUAGUCAUAGGACUUCAUCCUCAGAUGACUACUCAUCUCAGGAUUCCACCUCCUCUUCUUCUUCGACCGGGUAUUCAUCACCUGAUUCUGUACCCAGACCAAAUCCCAACCCUUCAGUUCCUGAGCCGGAACCGGUCAAUCAGAUGCCUGGUCAGGUUUUUGCGGAGAGCGAUGAACCGGUCAAUGUUGAACCGGCUCCCUAUGACCCCAAAGCUGAAUCUUGGGUGCAGUGGGAGGAAAGGUUGGAAACAUCCGGUUACUCUCCCCUCCCCACGUUUUAUGUUACAGAUAUUUACCCUCACGUUUCCAAAAUAACUUUAAACAAGGCCCGUAGGAACCUCCCUGAGGGCUAUGUUCUCGAAUACGAUGAGAACUGGCCUAACAUUAUCGAACCUCACCUGGAGGAUAGGAUAGGUUUCCACAUAACUUCCUUGGAGGGUGGCAUCGUUUUUCCUCUUCGCCCCCUCCUAGUCGAGCUUUGUCACUGCUUAAGGAUUCUUCCCGGGCAGAUUACUCCCAAUGCCCACCGGUUGCUCAAUUCUUUUGUUAAUAUCUCCCACCACCUCCGCAUCGACCCCUCCCUGCGUCUUUUUCUCUACGCCUUUGAGGUUCGCCCCGGGAAACCUGGUUGCGAAGGUUUCCUUUAUUUCAAGGGGCGGAACAAUCGGAAAUUCAUUUCUGACCUUCCACAAAGCAACCGGUUGUGGAAGGAAAAAUUUGUUUUUAUAAGAUUCCCCCCUUCCGUUACUCCUCUAGCCGGUUUAAGGUGGAGUGAAAACCUUCUUAAACAAGAGUAUACCGAACCGGUAUCCACUCCCGACUUAGAAGAGAGUCUGGAGAAGCUUCUGAAGGGUGACCCCCUUACCGGCCAGAAGUAUCACUACGGGAGCUGGGUAUGGAGGGUUCAACCGGGUGGCGAGGAUAUGAACUUCCGGCCCUUUAGCAUUCUGAAGAAGACCGGUGCGUCUUAUUCCGCUGGCCCGCUUACCUCUUCUGCGAAGACUGUCCUGGUCCAACAGGAAACUGUUGAGAUCAUUGAUGAGGAGGAAACUCCUCAGACCGGGAAGGUCCCUAUGAAUCCUCCCCCCAACAAGGGGAAGACAAGGACGAAGAAAGUGGCCACCUCCCAUCCCAACGCGAAGAAGAGAAGGGGAGAGAGUGGACCGGCUAUUGAGUCGUUGGGAGAGCUCUGGGUCAAGAUGGGACUAAAGCUGAAAGAGCUUGACGAGAUGGCCAACCUCUCAGCGAUUGCCGGUAGGACGAACGCGGAGAUCCUCCAGCUGAAGGAGGAGAACACGCAGCUGAUGGGGGAGAUCUCCCAAUUGAAGGAGGGGGCUGAAUUGAAGGAGAGAGAGUUCCCUGGUCGGGCUCGCCAGUGGAUGGAGGAGAACAUUGUAGAAGUUGUCCAUGUCCUUACUUCUUCUGAGGAAAGGACCAUGGAAGGCUUCAAGUUGCUAUACCGGGAGGAACAUGGAAAGGAAAUGAUCACUCAGAUCGGCUCCUAGUAUUACAAUCAUUUGUAGAAUUUGAUGAAGUAACCAAUCAGCCAAUAUCUCAUGUGUGGCUUCCUGGUCUCUUUUCUGACCAGACAUGAAACUAUAGGAGCCGAUCUGAGUGAUCAUUUUCUUUCCUUGUUCCUCCCGGUAUAGCAACUUGAAGCCUUCCAUGGUCCUUUCCUCAGAAGAAGUAAGGACACGGACAACUUCAACAAUGU